AUGCUGGUCACCCUCGCUCUGGCCAUCGGGAUCCGCAUCUAUCGCUACCCGUGGCUGCUGGCAGGGCACGCUGUCAAGCAGCUGCCGCUGAACCUGGCCACGCUCGGCCUGGACUUGGGCUCGCUCGGCCUGGCCGGGUCCACCAUGACGGUCGCGCUGGGCGUCCUCUACAGCGUGGCGCUCUUCAAGAUGCGCCAGAUGCUGAACGAUCGUGAAGAGGACCUCCCGGAGGCCAUGGUCAAGGAGAUCAUAUCAAGCGUCGUCAACGUGGCCCACCUCCGACGCUUCGCUGAGGAGCUUGUU